CCCUCUCCGUAGUGGAAUCCCAAAUAGGCCGUGGGCGGACACGCCGGGAUCUGGGGCCGCAGACCCUUAAUCCCCACCUCCCCGAGCCUGAUCGCGGUUCUGAGUCCAGUUCUUGGCGGGGAAUCACGCAUCCCACCUCGGCCCGGAGCUCCUAAUCCUCCCCAGCCAGAUUGUCAGAACGGAACUGCAUUGAGAUUGUGAAUAAAUUAAUUGCUCAGAAACAGCUGGAAGUAGUUCACACACUUGAUGGAAAGGAAUAUAUUACUCCAGCCCAAAUUAGUAAAGAAAUGAAAGAUGAGCUACAUGUUCGGGGUGGUCGAGUAAAUAUUGUUGACCUACAACAGGUUAUUAAUGUGGACUUGACUCAUAUUGAAAAUAGAAUUGGUGACAUUAUUAAAUCAGAAAAACAGGUUCAGCUAGUGUUGGGACAACUGAUAGAUGAGAACUAUUUGGAUCGGUUAGCAGAAGAGGUAAAUGAUAAAUUGCAGGAAAGUGGUCAAGUAACCAUAUCAGAACUAUGUAAAACCUAUGACCUUCCUGGGAACUUUCUGACACAGGCACUAAGUCAGCGACUAGGUAGAAUUAUUAAUGGACACAUUGAUCUUGACAACAGAGGAGUAAUUUUUACUGAAGCUUUUGUAGCUCGACAUAAAGCACGCAUCCGUGGACUCUUCAGUGCUAUUACCCGGCCUACAGCAGUAAAUCCAUUGAUUUCAAAAUAUGGAUUUCAGGAGCAGCUUCUUUACUCUGUACUUGAGGAACUUGUUACUAGUGGACGCUUAAGAGGCACCGUGGUUGGUGGGAGACAGGAUAAAGCGGUGUUUGUCCCUGACAUCUACUCCAGAACACAGAGUACUUGGGUGGAUUCCUUUUUCAGGCAAAAUGGCUAUCUAGAAUUUGAUGCAUUGUCCAGACUUGGAAUCCCAGAUGCUGUAAGCUACGUAAAGAAAAGAUACAAGACUACACAGCUCCUGUUUUUGAAACAAGCUUGUGUUGGUCAAGGACUUGUGGAUCAGGUGGAAGCAUCAGUAGAGGAAGCCAUCAGCUCUGGAACAUGGGUUGAUAUUGCACCCCUGCUACCCAGUUCUUUAUCAGUUGAAGAUGCUGCAAUGUUGCUUCAACAGGUGAUGAGAGCAUUCAGCAAACAGGCUUCAGCUGUAGUCUUUAGUGACACUGUUGUAGUCAGUGAAAAAUUUAUAAAUGACUGUACAGAACUAUUCAGUGAACUGAUGCACCAAAAAGCUGAAAAGGAAAUGAAAAAUAAUCCUGUUCAUUUAAUCACUGAAGAAGAUCUGAAACAAAUCUCCAUUUUAGAAAGCAUUAAUACAAGUAAAAAGGAUAAAAAAGAUGAACGAAGAAGGAAAGCAACAGAGGGCAGUGGAAGCGUGAAGGGAGGAGGUGGCGGCAAUGCCAGAGAGUACAAAAUUAAAAAGACAAAGAAGAAAGGAAGAAAAGAUGAUGAUACUGAUGAUGAGUCUCAGUCAUCACACCCUGGAAAGAAGAAGCCAGAGAUCACUUUUAUGUGCCAGGAAGAGAUUGAAGAUUUUUUAAGAAAACGCAUACAAGAUGCCCCCGAAGAGUUUAUUUCUGAACUUGCAGAAUACUUAAUAAAACCUCUUAAUAAAAAUUAUCUCGAGGUAGUACGUUCAGUGUUCCUGUCUUCAACUUCUUCUGCUACUGGAACUGGCAGAAAACGCACAAUCAAGGACUUGCAAGAAGAAGUUUCAAACCUAUACAAUAAUAUUAGAUUAUUUGAAAAAGGGAUGAAAUUUUUUGCAGAUGAUACACAGGCUGCUCUCACUAAGCACUUGCUGAAGACAGUUUGUACUGAUAUCACUAACCUCAUUUUCAACUUCUUAGCUUCGGAUUUAAUGAUGGCAGUAGAGGAUCCUGCAGCCAUUACAAAUGAAGUAAGAAAAAAGAUUUUAAGUAAAUUAUCAGAAGAAACCAAAGUAGCUCUCACAAAACUCCAUAACUCCCUGAAUGAAAAGAGCAUAGAAGAUUUUCUUUCUUGUCUGGAUUCUGCAGCAGAAGCUUGUGAUAUUAUGGUGAAAAAGGGAGACAAAAAAAGAGAAAGACAGAUACUGUUCCAACAUCGGCAAGCACUGACAGAACAGCUCAAAGUCACGGAAGACCCUGCUCUUAUACUGCACCUCACGUCAGUCCUGUUAUUUCAGUUCUUAACACACAGCAUGCUCCAUGCACCUGGAAGAUGCGUUCCACAGAUCAUUGCUUUUCUUAACAGUAAAAUUCCAGAGGAUCAGCAUACUCUUUUGGUAAAGUACCAAGGUUUGGUUGUAAAGCAGUUGGUCAGUCAAAAUAAGAAGACUGGGCAGGGAGAUGAUCCCUUGAGUGAGGGACUAGACAAAGAACAAGAAGAUAUCACCAAUACCACUCGUAAAGAGCUUCAGGAGCUUUCUUCAUCCAUUAAAGACCUUGUUCUCAAAUCCAGAAAAUCUUCUGUAACAGAGGAGUAAUGAUCUUUCCCUUUUAUAUAGUAAGCAUUUUUUCCCAAAGUUAAAGGUGAGUGGUUACAAAAAAAUUCAGUUCACCAGCCCCCACCUCUGUAAAGCCCCUUCUCCUAUACACACAAUUCAGUUAAAAAUAUGAAAUUUUGUAAAUAGAAUUUUUUUUUCCACAUUAUAAUUUUAAAAAUUAUACAAUUCAGGUUUAUUUUGUUUCCAGAUGUUGAAUUUGAGUUAAGAAUAAAAUUCCUGAUACCUUUCAUUUCUGGGAAAGGACUCAUUUGUUCUGUUAUUAGAUUUCAAGUGACGUAUUUAUACACAUGAAGCAGAAGCUUAAAAUGUGGUCGUUUAAAAAAAAGAGGAAACAUUCUUAGUGUUAGAAAUGAAAAUAAAUCAUGCAUUUUAUUUUGAAAUACAUAAGAAAAUUAAUGGAGAAUGCUUGAAUCUAAAAUACAGGAAUUUAUGAAGUACUUUUUAUUUUAUUACUAAGCCCUUGCCCUUUAUGCAAGCAGAUAGGGGCCCCAUCUCCCCCACAGGAGAAAACGUUUACAUGGCUUGGGAGGUCAGGGAUGCCUUUACAGGUGCAAAAGAAUACCAGCAAAGUCAGCGCUUGCUAUACUCUAUUCUGAAACAAGCUGUUAACAAGAAUGAGAGAAGAAAAUGAAAUUUACUGAUAGUAGGUACUGAAUAUAACAUUUUAACAUUGAAAUAAGAUUUUUCUUUAAUUGACCCAGUUUGCAUUUCCAAAUUUCACUUUUUAUAUCAAUAGUUGUAAAUACCAGUGUAAUAAAUAGAUGUUUUUUCCAAUGGUAGGGGAAUCUAUAAACGUAUUUAAAUCUUUGGAACCUUUUCUUCCAACAAUGAAAACAUUUAUAAAAAAAAAUAGGUAUUCUUAUUUUCUAAAGAUUUUUAGUUAAAAGUAAAUUAAAAAUAGUUCUUGGGGUAGUUAUUUGAAACCUAGCAAUUUUUUAGCACCAAUUUAUUAUUUAUCAAAACAGGAACUUAAUUGAUUUGAAUAUAAUAGUAAAAUAAAUCUCAAAUAUUAAAAAUACUAUUUUACAUAAUUCCUCAUAUGCCAUUUAAAACUCUAGUUUAUAUUUUAAAAUGUUUGAAUCUACUUCUGUCUGUUACAAACAAAAUAUCCUGACAGAAAAUAAUUACUGACUAAGCAUUAUUAUUGUUAAUGCUAAUAGUAAUAUAAUAUUAAAUUAAGGAAUUUUUUUCAAUCGGUUAUUUUCUACUUACACAUUUUCAUAUGGCCAAAGGAAGAAAAAUGGCAAAUCCUCUGUGACCAUAAACUCCAAUUAGUUUUAUUUAUUUGUUUAUUCAGCUUCCAAAAUAUUGAACACACAACCUUUUUUUUUAUUCAACCUUUCUUUAAGAACCUUAUUAUUUAUAAUGUUUCAGCAGAUACCAAAGUAACCAAUAUGGUAUAAAAUAUUAAUGGUAUGUCACUGUUCUAGAUCAUAGUAGAUAAAUAGAUGAUUUUUCUGUCUUUGUUGGCGUUAAAAUUUUUUCAUUUAUCAAAAUGGUUUUUAUUUUUCCACAAUAGUGAAUAGUUUUUAUUGUUGGCUUUGUAAAUAAAAUUAUAUAACUGAUCAUAUAUGUAAAGAUUUAAUUUCAUUAAUAAAAUAAAAAUUGUUAAAUAUUUACUGUAAUCUUAAUGGGCAGAGUUAAGAAUGUUAUUUAA